UUUGAUAUUGCUAACUUUUGUUUUCAAAAAACAAAGUGGGGUCCACAUGCUACAACCUUAACCUAUGAGUCUAUGACCUAUCAGCUUUAUUUUAUUUUAUUUAUUUACGUAGAUUUUUUGUUCAAGGACUUAGGUGUUGCCUUAACUGAAAGUAAAAAUUGUAGUAAUAAAAAUAAAAUCUCCUAAAUUUUGAGAAUUGGGUAUCCCCGGCCUCAGCCCCAGGUGCUUCUUCGCAGAACCAAGGGUCUAAGGUUUCCAAUUUUAUUGAUUUUGAAUUUCCAAUCGCGCACACUUUCAGCAUUCUCUAGUUGGAUCUUUUGCUGAAAGAGAGAACGGAGAACCCAGGGAAUGCUGAAAGAUGUGCCUGACUGUUCAGGAUUCUGUUUCCAAAGCCAAGGAUAUUGACUCUUCGAUAGAGCUAUCCUUCUUUAUUCGUGAUGAGACUGGAAUUAUAAAUAAGAGUCCAUCUGCUCUUGGUUCCAAAAAGACCGAGGGGCCUACUUGUCAUUGUAGAAUGACUGUUGAUGAUCUUUCUGAAGAUGGUUGAGUGCUUAUACUGAUUAUAACUCCUGCACUGUAAAUCAAAUAAGUUGUGUUAGCAGGAGUAGGGUUGAGUUUUUGUGUAUUAGCGUAUUAGGUAUUUAGGUGUUGAAGCUUGGAAUGGAAAAUUCAUCGAACGUGUUGUUGAAAAGAUAUGAAUUAGGGAGAUUACUAGGCCAAGGAACCUUUGCCAAGGUUUAUUAUGCAAGGAGUAUAGGAACAAAUCAAAGUGUGGCCAUUAAGGUAAUAGACAAAGAAAAGAUUAUGAAGGUUGCGCUCAUUGAUCAGAUCAAACGAGAAAUAUCUAUUAUGAGACUGGUUAGACACCCUAACAUUAUACAUCUCUAUGAGGUCAUGGCCACCAAGACUAAGAUUUACUUUGUUGUGGAAUAUGCUAAAGGUGGUGAGCUAUUUAACAAGGUGUCUAAAGGAAAGCUAAAGGAGGAUGUUGCACGGAGAUAUUUUCAGCAGCUGAUCAAUGCAGUUGAUUUCUGUCACAGUCGAGGUGUUUAUCACCGGGAUAUAAAGCCUGAGAAUCUAUUACUAGAUGAGAAUGACAAUCUAAAGGUCUCUGAUUUUGGGUUAAGUGCCCUCACUGAAUCAAAGCGCCAAGAUGGGCUACUCCAUACCACUUGUGGCACUCCUGCUUAUGUUGCUCCUGAAGUCAUUAACAGGAAAGGCUACGAUGGGGCCAAAGCUGAUAUAUGGUCUUGUGGGGUGGUUUUGUAUGUCUUAUUGGCAGGUUAUCUCCCAUUCCAUGACUCAAAUUUGAUGGAGAUGUAUAGAAAGAUUGGCAAAGCAGAAUAUAGGUGCCCUAAUUGGUUCCCCCCGGAAGUGCGCAGGCUGCUGUCCAAAAUGUUGGACCCAAACCCCAACACUAGGGCUUCCAUGGCCAAGAUUAGGGAAAGUUCUUGGUUCAGAAAAGGAUUGAGCUCUAAACGUACUUCACCUGAAAGGAAAAGCAAGGGUGUGAGUCCUGAUAUGGAUGCUUCUGUUCCCUGUGAGAGUAGCAGCAUGGCUAGUGAUUCAAAGCAAGAGUCAGCUAAACCUUCAAGCUUGAAUGCUUUUGAUAUUAUUUCCCAUUCUGCCGGGUUUGAUCUGUCUGGUUUAUUUGGGGAAGAUCAUCGAAGGAAAGAAGCAAGAUUUGCUUCCAGCAAGCCUGCUUUGGUCAUUAUCUCUAAGCUGGAAGAAAUUGGUAAGCGACUAAAGAUGAAAGUGAUGAAGAAGGAGGCAGGUUUUUUGAAAUUGGAGGGACUGAAGGAAGGUAGGAAUGGGAUCUUGUCCAUUGAUGCAGAGAUCUUUGAGGUCACUCCGUCUCUUCAUUUGGUGGAAGUGAAGAAAGCAAAUGGGGAUACCUUAGAAUAUCAGCAAGUAUUUACAGAAAACAUAAGACCUGCUCUCAAGGAUAUUGUUUGGGUUUGGCAAGGUGAGCAGCCACCACAGCAACUGCAAGAGCAGCAGGAGCAACAGCAACAACAGCAGGACCAGCAUUAGCAACAAGAACAAUGAGAAUACAAUUCCAUAUUUCCCAUGGCCUCAUAUGCCUGUUUGUAUAUUUGAUAAUCUGCCCUUUUAUGUUUUUGUUGUUGUUGUCAUAAACUCUCGAGUCUUUGUUGUAUGUGUUUGAUCUUUUCCAACGGAUAAUGUGAUUUUCCUUUUUGAUUAUUACUAUACAGGUGCCUAAUUACAUGA